AUGGUUGCAGGACUAUCUCGAGCUCUCUGCUUUGCGAAUGAAUUCGCGAUCAGUUGCGGCACCGUCUCGGUAGAUGUCGCCAGAGCGAAGGUGUUGCUCAUCCGCUGGCGGAAGACCGGCGAAUAUUUUCUCCCCAAGGGACGCAAAGACCAGGGCGAGACCCUUGAGAAGACUGCGACGCGAGAAACAUACGAGGAAACUGGGAUACCCGUUCAACUUUUGCCUGUCGAGAUCGAGACCAUGGCUACCCUGCCCUCGUCCAUGGGGAGCGACAACAACUCCAGAGCCGUCACCGAGCCCAUCGCGGUCACUCAGCGAGUCAAUGAAGGAAUUCUGAAGAUCAUAUUCUGGUACGUUGCUAGCGCAGAUAGCACAGCCGUUCGAGAUGAAGGCACUCAGGAGGGACAUGAGGAUUUCGACACGAUCUGGGCCGGUUUUGACGAGGUUGAAUCGAUCCUGAGCUUUGCAGACGACCAAAGUGUUGCUCGUGAGGCAAUAAUGACAGUUCGCCGAGGUCAGCUAGCAAUCUGA